AUGGAGUCGCAGCCAGCCCCGGCGAUGAGCGCAGAUGAAAUCGCGCUCUAUGACCGCCAAAUCCGUCUCUGGGGAGUCAAAGCUCAAGAAAAGCUGCGAUCGGCGAAUAUCCUACUGAUCACAUUCAAAGCUCUGGCGAACGAGGUCGCCAAAAACCUGGUGCUUGCGGGCAUCGGUUCUCUUACCAUCAUCGACCACGAGAGUGUGACGGAGGAGGAUCUCGGCGCGCAAUUCUUCGUGAAUGAGGAUUGUGUAGGCCAGAAUCGAGCACAAGCUGCAGCGCCGGCCAUCCGUGCCAUGAACCCUCGGGUCCAGCUCCACAUUGACACGGAAGAUGUGCACCUCAAGCAACCGGAGUACUUUGCCCAAUUCGACAUCACGAUCGCCACCGAACUCGACUUCCACACUUACACGACCAUCAAUGCCGCCUGUCGGAUAGCCAACCGGCCCUUCUACGCCGCCGGCCUGCACGGCUUCUACGGCUUCGUCUUCGCCGAUCUGAUUUCCCACGACUUUGUGAUCGAGCGGUCCAGAUCCAACGUGGCAUCGGUCACCCAGGAGACCCCGACGCGGAGUAUCCUCAACAUCACCACCAAGAAGGAGAACGAGAAGGUCAUUGAGAUGGUGACCAAGCGCGAGGUUUACUCCCCGCUGAUCUUGGCCAACACCUCCCCGCUUCCCGAGGAGUUCACGCGUCUGCCCCGCAAACGCAAGCAGGUCACCCCGCUCCUCACCUGCCUCCGCGCGCUGUGGGAGUACCAGAAACUCUCCGCCGGCGCGCUCCCGACAUUCUCCCACCAGGACCUCGAAGUCUUCACCAAGCUCGCGCGAGACGGCCACCAGGAACUGAAACUGGACAUCGCCACCCUCGACGCGGAAUUCCUGCGCACCUUCUUGCAGAACCUGAACAGCGAGCUGAGUCCCGUGGCCGCCUUCGUCGGUGGCAGUCUGGCGCAGGACGUGAUCAAUGUGCUCAGUGCCCGCGAGCAGCCCCUCCAGAACAUGCUGCUGUUCGACGGUGAACGGCUGACCGCCCCCAUCUAUCCCCUGCACCCUAUCUUCCCGCCGGAGGUUGAUCAUCUGCUGCCGGCUGUGAUUCCAGUCCCGAACCCAAUUCCCUUGGACGGGGCACCCGCUCUGGCACCUUGA